GAACUCUUUAUGCACACACAGAAGAAGACUGGGUGUAAAAUGAGUCUCUGUGAGGAGAAAGAGGAGAAGGAUGUUGUUCAUGAUCAGAACAAGACAGCAGCAUCUCCAGCGUCAAGCUGUGUGUCUAUGAGGAGUGAUGGAUCCAUGCCAGAACCUCAAAACUUCAGUACUGGAUCAGUGAACAUUAACCCCAGAAAAAAUGAAGAGAGAGCAGCAUCUCCAGGGCCAAGUUGUGUGUCUAUGAGGAGUGAUGGAUCCAUGUCAGAACCCCAAAACUUCAGUGCUGGAUCAGUGACCAGAGAUGAUCAGACUGGAGACCGACUGCAGGAUACACCCCAACCAGAUGAUCAACUACAGAGAGUCAAAGACCUGCACAAAACUAGUAUGAAGAACAAGUGUGAGAAAUUAUUUGAGGUAAUAAAUCUACAUGACAAUGAAACCCUCCUGAACAGGAUCUACACACAGCUCUACAUCAUAGAGGGAGAGAAAGGAGGAGUGAAUGAAGAACAUGAGGUUUUACAGAUGGAGAAAACAGCCAGAACAAAACACUCACAAGACACUCCAAUCUUCUGCAAUGACAUCUUUAAAGCCUCACCUGAACCAGGAUGUGAGAAGAAAGACCAAAUCAAGACUGUUCUUACUAAAGGCAUCGCUGGAAUCGGAAAAACUGUCUCUGUGCAGAAGUUCAUUCUGGACUGGGCAGAGGGAAAAGCCAAUCAGGAUGUAGAUUUCAUGCUUGUGCUUCCAUUUCGAGAGCUGAACUUGAUCCGAGAUCAUCAGUACAGUCUUCACAGACUUCUGCUGGACUUUCAUCCUGAACUUCAAGAUCUGGACUCUAAGAUUUAUGAGGAGUGUAAAGUUGUGUUCAUUUUUGAUGGUCUGGAUGAAAGCAGAAUCACACUGAUGUUUUCAGAUUGUCAGGAAGUUUGUGAUGUGACUGAGAUUUCAUCAGUGGGUGUGUUGAUGUCAAACCUCAUGAAAGGAGAGCUGCUUCCCUCUGCUCUCAUCUGGAUCACCUCCAGACCAGCAGCAGCCAAUCAGAUCCCCUCCAAAUACAUCAACCGUCUGACAGAAAUUCAGGGAUUCAAUGAGCCUCAGAAGGAGGAAUAUUUCAGGAAGAGAAUCAGUGACCAGCAUCAAGCCAGCAGAAUCAUCUCACACAUCAGAAGAGCAAGAAGCCUCCACAUCAUGUGCCACAUCCCCGUCUUUUGCUGGAUCUCAUCCACUGUGCUUCAAAAGCUCCUGAAAGAAGAUGUGAGUGCAGAAAUCCCUCAAACUCUGACUGAAAUGUACAUCCACUUCCUGCUGAUUCAGAUCAAUAUGAGGAAUCAGAAGUAUGAAGAGAGACAUCCAGAGAAACUCCUGCAGUCCAACAGACAAGUGAUAGUGAAACUUGCUAAAGUGGCUUUCAAACAGCUGAUGAAGGGCAAUGUGAUGUUCUAUGAGGAGGACCUGAUUGAGAGCGGCAUAGACGUCACUGAUGCCUCAGUGUAUUCUGGGAUUUGCACUGAGAUCUUUAAGGAGGAGUCUGUGAUUCAUCAGAGGAAAGUCUACAGCUUCAUUCAUUUGAGUGUUCAGGAGUUCCUUGGUGCUUUCUAUGUGUUUUACUGCCAUCUGUGGAAGAAUAUGGAGCCAUUGCAGUUGUUUCAGGAUUUAAAUUAUGAAAGACACCGAUCUGAGAAAAACUCUUUGUAUGAGCUACUAAAAUCAGCAGUUAAUAAAAUUCUUCAUAGUGAGAAUGGACGUCUGGAUCUGUUCCUGCGGUUCUUGCUGGGCAUCUCACUGCAGUCCAGUCAGAGACUCUUACAAAAUCUACUGACACACACAGAGAACAGCUCAGAGAGCAUUAGAAGAAUCACACAGCACAUUAAAGAUGAGAUCAAGAGAGAAGACUACAACAUUAAAGUCUCCACUGAAAGAUCCAUCAAUUUGUUCCUCUGUCUGCUGGAAGUGAAAGAUCAGACUCUGUCCAGAGAGAUUCAGAAGUUUGUGAAAUCAGACAAACACUCAGAGAAGAAACUAUCUGCUGUUCACUGCUCAACCAUCACCUACAUGUUUCAGAUGUCAGAGGAGCCGCUGGAUGAGCUGGACAUCAUGAAAUACAACACAUCAGAUGAGGGGAGAAGAAGGCUGAUACCAGCUGUGAUCAACUGCAAAAAAGCUCUACUUUCUGGAUGCUGCCCUUUUGAUCAGCACUGUGAAACUGUGUGUUCAGCUCUCCAAUCAUCAAACUCCCAUCUGAAAGAGCUGGAUCUGUGUAUAAAUGACCUGAAGGAUUUAGGAGUCAAGCUGCUUUCUUAUGGACUGAAGAGUCUAAACUGUCAGCUGGAGAUACUAAGGUUAUGUGGGUGUAAUCUCACUGCUCAGUCUUGUGAGAGUUUGUCAUCAGUUUUACAAUCCUCAACCUCCUGCCUGAAAGAGCUGGACCUGAGUAACAAUGACCUGCAGGAUUCAGGAGUGAGGCAUCUUUAUGAUGGACUGAAGAGUCCAAACUGUCAGCUGAAAAAACUAAGAUUUUCCAUAUGCAAUCUUAGUUCUCAGUCUUGUGAGAGUUUGUCAUCAGUUUUACGAUCCUCAACCUCUCUGAGAGAGCUGGACCUGAGUAACAAUGACCUGCACAAUUCAGGAGUGAAGCUUCUUUCUGAUGGACUGAAGAGUGCAAACUGUCAGCUGGAGAUAAUGAGACUGUCAGGCUGUAUGGUGACAGAGGAAGGCUGUGGUUAUGUGUCUUCAGCUCUGAGUUUAAACCCCUCACACCUGAAAGAGCUGGAUCUGAGCUACAAUCACCCAGGGGAUUCAGGAGUCAAGCUACUCCACCACAAACUGCAGGAUCCAAACUACACACUGGACAAACUUAAUGUGGAUCAUGGAGGAGAAUCCAGAAUUACAGCAGGACUAAAUAAAUAUGCCUGUUUUCUCACACUGGAUCCAAACACAGCAUACACCAAACUCAUUCUGUCUGAGAAAAACAGAGAGGUGACAUUGGUGGAAGAGGAUCAGUCAUAUCCUGAUCAUCCAGACAGAUUUGAUGAGUGUCAGCAGGUUCUGUGUAAAGAAAGUGUGUGUGGACGCUGUUACUGGGAGAUUGAGUGGAGUGGUGAUAAAGGUGUGUUUAUAUCAGUAUCAUAUAAGAGCAUCAGCAGAAAGGGAGCAGGUGAUGAGUGUGUGUUUGGAUGUAAUGAUCAGUCCUGGAGUUUGUUCUGCUCUCCCUCCAGUUACUCAUUCACACACAAUAACACGUGGACUGAUCUCCCUGUAGAGUCCAUCAGCAGUAGAAUAGGAGUGUUUGUGGAUCACAGUGCAGGAACUCUGUCCUUCUACAGCGUCUCUGACACAAUGAGCCUCAUCCACACAGUCCAGACCACAUUCACUCAGCCGCUCUAUCCUGGGUUUUAUGUUUGGUCUGGAUCGUCAGUGAAAUUGUGUUGAAGGCACAAUUUUCAUAAUAAAAUACACAAAAACCACUUGCACAUGUGAUAUAUUUAAUGCAGUUUUGUACUUACGUUAUCCCAAAAGUUCACAAGGAUUUGUAAAUCCAGAGAAGUUCCAAUUUUAAAGAACAGCUCAUCCCUGAUCAUUUUCGGCUCUCAGUGACAUAAUAUCCGCACUAUCCUCGGUUUCCACUUGUAGAAACUAUGGCGACACGUGGACAAAAAUUCUGCUGUACAGUUAAGCUAAAUGCAUUAUAGCUGUUGCGAAUAAAAUUAAUGAUUCUUUUUAAGAGUUUUUACAGUGUUGUGCAUCAUAACAAAUCACACACAAGUCUGUUGAACUUAUGAAUGUAAUGGCCAUCAGAGAUGUUCAGAUGAGUCAUUGCUAGAACGUGUGAGUUUUUGUACAGUGCAUGUGCUCGCUGACCGAAUUCUGCUCUCUGGUGAACAACAAAGUGCAGAUGUAUGUAUGUGAAAACGACGUGUCCCAUCGCCCCAAUCUCCUUCAUAGCAUCUUCAAGCUUUACCUUUAUUAUUGUUUUAAAAAUCCAACUUCUAGCAGUGAAAACUAGAUAUUGUGCCUUUGAUGAAUCAAAAAGCCUUCAUGUGAGGGGGGUUAAGAGAUAAACACAAGUCUAGUUUAUUUUCUGGUGGAAAAUAUAGCGCAGGCACUGGGCACAAAUGAAGUAUAAUUUGCAUUCAACUGUACACAUACGCUGAGCCGCUUCAGACAGCACCAGUACUGCUUUAACAAAUCAAAACAUACACAGACACACGUCGAAAUGCACAGUUUUGGUGAAUUACCUCAUAAACACUGUCUUAAAUGCUGGCUAUACUGGACGUGUCAGUAUGUGUAAUUAAUCCUCAUACACAAGGUCAGUGUGUGUGUGUGUGUGUGUGUGUGAGUCCUGCUGAGUGACAGUGUGUUUUUCUCAACCUACAUUUGUGUUUUUAUUGUAGUGUCGCAUAAAUAAUUUGUUAUUACCAUAAAAAUUACCUUUCAAUUGAAAAGUACCGCUCACAAACAUUAUUCAUUAAGAACAUGUAAAUCUUAUAUUUUACAAUUCAUCCCUGUUAUUUUUGUGCACAAAUAAUAAAACACAAUGACAAAUCAACUUGAGAUCAGAUUUUAAUUGAUGAUGAACAUGUGAAAUGUCUGCAUACUGUAUACAUCAUUAAAAAAAGCUUCACAAAGUUCCUGACAUUAUAAAUGACACACCACAAAUAUAAGAUCCAGCCCUGGAUGCCAGAUCCUGUCAGAAAAUAAAACAAUAGAACAGAACAACUAGUCACCAAAACCUGUUAACAGCAAGUCUUGUCUGGUAUCCAAAAUUAUAGCAUGGCCCUGUGAUGUAAUUUACAGAAUGCAAAAUUUGUUCAAAAUAGAUUGUUCACACCAUGUGUGCAAUAGUGUGAUAUUGUUUACACAAUGGAUGAUACUCUCUCUCUCUCUCUCUCUUUUGUUGACAUAUUGGGCUGAGUGUCUGCUAUUGUUUCUUAAAUUAAGUUAAAAUGCCUAAUGGUUUAUUGUUUGUGUAACAUGAGAAAAUAAAUGAGUUUUGUCUGCUUCAUGUAUGAGAUUUAAUGCGUUUUUAUGUCACAUGGGUCGGGUACGGGAUUAAAUUAGUGCAGGUUCAUGUUACAUUCUGUGUAACGUUUUUCAUUUUUUUAGGACUUGUUGAGGAGCAAACAAAAAUCACCACAAAAAAGAAAAAAAAAAAAGUGACCAUUUUAUAUGAAUACUUUUUUGAAAAAUAAAUAAAUAAAAAAAGCUUACAUGCACUUAGAAUAAAACUGACUAAUAUGCACUACACAGUACUCAAUCUCCUUUAUUAACGUGGUACAGAAAUAACUGCUAAAACCCUGAUAAAACUGCUAAAAUCUUGAUUUUAUUACAGUACACUUGUGGUCUCUAUGUUUUUGGUUUAUUGAUUACCAUUUGUAUAAGCACAGUUUUACAGGAAAUACCAUGGUUAAACUAUGGGUAGUGUAACACAACCAUGGCCAAAUUGUGGUUACCCAAUUUUAGUUACCAUGUUCUUGUGAUUUUGUUUGUUUUAAAACAAUGGUUAAUUUUCAUAUGUGAAAAAUAAAUGCAAAACUGCUAGAUCUCAAACAGUGAAUCAUUUAUUAUCAUUAUAUAUCGUCAUAUUGGCCAGUCCUAGAACUGCUCAAUGUUGAAGCAUUAAGCCAUUAAAAGAGAUAACAGAAUAACUUACUAUAAAACUGCUUUGAAACUGUGUAUUGUGAAUGCUAUACAAAUAAAUAACUUGACUUGAAUGAACCAAAUUGAAGAUUUCUUAAAGGGCUGGAAAUGAGGUAUCAUUAGCAGUGAAUGUAUUAACUAACACGAACUAACUAUGAACAAUACAUUUGUGACAAUAUUUAUUACUUUGGUUAAUGUUAGUUAUGGAAAAUUAACCUUAUAGUUCCCGCGGCGGCAUGAUUUGAAAUGUGUACUUGCUGCCUUUUACCGCUAAGUGGCGCUUUAACAGCAAACUUUGAAAAGGUAGAAUGUGAACGUGUUGGAACCACUGUUCUAUAUAUAAUGAAUCAGGGGUAGCUGCAGAUCGAAGUAAUGGGCGUGUCGAAAGGUCUUUAUAAUUGGUUGCUCAAGUGGCCUGUUCCACACAAAUCUAAUAUUAAAUGCUAUUGAUCUUUCUUAUCCAUUUAAGUAACGAAGCCAAAAUAAUCCUAUAUAUUAAAAUUACAUUAUUUUCCUGUGAAAUAUCGAUAUUACAAAUAUUCCUUUCUAACACACCUUCAGAACUUUCUGCUGCGUUGCCACGGGUUACUGACGUCAUCCUGGCGCGUUUGUUUGGGUCUUACACACUGAUCUAUAAUAGAGAACUGGAUUGCUCAUGACGUCAUAGAAGUGAAGCCACUGCGCCGCCAUAUUGCUAUUCCCUAGUACUCGCAAACAUUCUAUUGAAUGAAUAGGAAAUAAUACGACUUUAAUGGGAAAACAUCACCUAACAAGUCGGCGUUUUCAUAUCUGACGUCUCACUGUACAUUCUCACAACACAAACGUCCUAAGCAUGUAAACGGUUAUUGUUUAAUGUCGGGAAUUCCCUUAUUAAAAAGUUAUUUCAUAUACAUUACAGUAGCGAACAUCAUAUGAACAUGAUAAACAUCAGACGUUCACCAUGUUUACAAAUGACAAAAAUGCUCAUUCUGAAAAGUGAAAGAUGACUGAAUGCUUUGUAUACAUAUAAUUAGCCUUGUACAGUUAAUAAUUGUUUAUGCUGUUUUGUUAUAGUGUUUUUAUUCGUAACGUUACAGGCUAAAUGCAUGUUUCAACAAUGAUUUCGUUAACAUCAUUUUGAAGCAGGUAAUGAUUUAAACGUUUAAUUCAGCCUACAUAACAUUCAUGUUGAGAUAAAUGUUAAUAAUAAACGUUAAUAAUGCAAAAAUGUUACAUAUAACAUU